AUGUUCUUCGAUUCUCGACGCUUGGCUAGAAAUCGAUUUGAUCUACCGCCUGUUGAGUUCUUUGUGCAGAUGCCUGACGGGAUACGGAAGGUGAGUUAGGAAUACAUUAGAAAAAAAUUGCGGCCGCGUGCAAAACCGAUCCUUGACCUUUCACGUGAAGAUCAAUCACGCUACCACUGCGCUACUCAGAAAUUUUUUUGUACCGAGACAGAAUUUUUGAGCACAUUGUUCGAGUACUGUCUAUAUUUUGUGCAGGUGAUAACGUCAUGGCAUGCACAAAAUAUAGACAGUACUCGAACAAUGUGCUCAAAAAAUUCUGUUUCGGUACAAAAAAAAUUCUGAGUACGCGCGCUACACGGAAGUCGCCGCAUUUUUCGAAUUUAUUCUCGAUGUCGCUCCUCGCUCCAUUUCCAUUAUAAUGAAGGAUUUUGGGCGGACUAACAACAGAAAAAUAUAAAAAUAUAUACCAAUGACACUGAAAAAUAAUCAGAUUUCGGUUGUUUUGUCUCUAUUUGUUCGUCUCAUUUCAUCUCGUUUUUUGUAAUGAGCUAGAUUUCAAUUUCAGAAAGAAAAAGAAUAAAAAAAGAAUCCUUCGUCAUUUCAUUCUUACGCACUUUCUUUUUUCGCCCCCAAUUGUUCGUUUUCCUCCCGUGUUUUGCCCUUUUCUGCAUAUUUGAACACCAAAUAUAUUUUUCGCUUAAAUUUCAAGAAACGAAACGAAAUUGUUCAUAUCGAAAACAAAUUGGCUUCUAGUUUUUUAAUCCGUGACUUCUCUCAAAUUACUACUUUCGAUAUGACAUGUCUGUGUGAGAAAACUCUCAUGCAUAAACAAUUUGAACUCACUUAUUUUUCCUUGAGAAUUCUUAGAAAACUAGAAAAAUUGUUUUGAAAAAAAUUAUCCGCGGUUUUGUGCGUCCCAAGACCUGAGUUCUAAAUUGUGUGCGUCUUUGAAGGAAUACGGUAUUUUAUUUUAUUUUUUUUUGUGAAAAUUUCAAAAAAAAUUUUAUCCUGCAAAAUAUCUUGUGCAAAAAAGGCGCUAAGAAAAACAAGAAUCAAAGCAAAAUAAAACCUAAAAUUAUAUUAUUUGAUUUCCAAAAAGAAGUGUUCUCCGAGAUCUUUUUCUUCAUGUUUUUUCAUUUCUCAUCUCAAUUUUCCAGUUGUCCAUCUAUAAUUCAAGAAAACUUCUCCUAAUUCUUUUUAAGCGGGUCUGCGCUCAAAUUUCAAUGUUUUUGUUAUUUUUUCUUCAUCGAGAAAGAAAAAUUACCAUCCAUUUUUUCCUGCAUUGCCUCCUGCCUGUUCGUUUUUUGAGGGCUUGUUUUUUGUGUGUCUACUAAUUAGCCUCUCUUGAACAAAAAACAAACAAAAUCUAUUUGAUAUUUUUUGUGCUCUGCUCUGAAAUUUAAAACAUUUUCUACUUCGAACAUACAUUGAAUCCUAAUUAGUUUUUAGCUAAUCAAUUUGAAACUUUGAUAGAAAUUUUGUUGAAUUUCAAGGUCUGAAAAUCAGGUUUUGAAGUAAAUUGAUACUGGAAACGAUAAGAGAAUUUUAAGAAACUUUUCAAAAAAUUUUUUGAACUUCGAUUCCACAUGACCAAUUUUUCUCUUUGCUGAAUAAAAUAACAAAGUUUUUCCUAGUAUUUUUUAAUUAGUAUUCAAGUCCAUUCUGCAUCAUCUUUCAAGAAAACGGAAAAAACUAAAGGUCUAACUCAUUCAUCUAACAACUUUUCUUGCUCAUUUUCAUUUUGUCUUCAAUAAUUGAAAAAAAAGUUUCAUAGCUACUGUACAUUUAGCAAGUCAUCUGAAAACAAUUAAUUUUUUUGCUAACAAUAAAAGUUUCCCAAUUUUUUCAGAUGUUGGACACGUCAUCAAUCAACGAUACCGAUGCGCAGGUAAGCCAAAGAAUUUUCCAUAUUAAAACCGAAAAUCACUUUUCUCCUCCUCUCCGAAAUUCAGGAAUAAUUUAUCGCAACUAUGGGAAAAACAUUUGGGGGGUUCUUCGAAGAAAAAUAUAUUCGCAGAUACUUAUUUUUCUAGUUAUUUUUCGUUUCGUUUUCUUCUUCUUCUUGAUUGCUUUUUCAGAUAAAUGAAUACAUAUAAGUAAAUAACUGAAUUUGACAAGCCGUGCGGGUUUUUUGUGUUGUUGAUUGAUCAAACAUUUCGGGGAAAUUUGAGAAAAUAGAUUUUUGGAUUUUUGAUUCGCGAAUUUUAUUUUGAAAGUUAGAAACCAACUUCGCAGAAUUUUUUUUGAAGAAUUUCUGCAGCUCAAAAAAUUUCUACGUGGCUUUUUUGAAAAAAUAAUUUCAGCUAAAUAUUUAUUUUGUUAAAAUUUAUGAACAUUAAGAAAUCCACGUGGAUUUUUGGUUCCAAAUUUUUAAAAUAAAAAAUGCCACGUGGAUAAUUCCGCCCAAACUACCUACAACAAAGUUCUUAGAGUUUUUUUUUCUAAAAAUAAUUUUCUUGUCCCAAUGGGUGGAGUUUAGAGAAAGUGCGAAGUUCAAAAAAUAAUUGUGUGGGUUACCAAAAAUAUUAGUGUAUAUAAUAUCAGCUCCCCUAUUUUAUUUUCAUUUUAUUUCUUGAAUUUUCCCCACUUCCAAUCCAUUUUCCAGCUACAAAUGGAUCAACCCUCGCUUCGAACCAUGGUUCUCCAUAAUCUCAUGAUAAUCUUCCUCACACUUUUCGGAAAUAUUCUCCUGAUUUAUGUGAUUUUGCGAAACAACAAAGUUCUGCGUCGGAAACGUGUGACCCCAGUUCAAAUGUUGAUGUUGCACAUGUGCGCUGCGGAUAUCCUUUUUGCAUUGAUCACAAUGGUGCCGACGAUGGCUAUUACUUUGACGGUUCCCAAUUUUUAUGGUCCUAAUUGGUUGUGCAAGUUUACCAAGUUUUUGCAGGUUUGUUGGGGAUGGGGAUGGAGUAUAGAUAUUGCGGUUUUGAUACAGUUUUUAUUCUUAUCUAUAAUUCACAAAUUCCGUUACAGUAAUUUCAUAAAUUUUUUUCAGAAUUUUUCAAAAAAAAAAAAUCAUUGCAGAGGUAGUAGCAACAAUCAUACCAACAUCAAAUUUUGAAAUCACUUCCAGAGUUUAUGCUAUAUUUUUGAAACAGUGAAUUUUUGAGGUCAACGUUAUCUGGAUUCUAAUCUAGAGAAUUUUUAGAUUUUUCUUCAUUGAAGAAUUAAAAAAAAUUAGUUACAGUAAUCUCAUUAAGUUUUUUUUUUCAUAUCAAAUUUUGAAAAUUCCCUAACUCUUUAAUAUAUUUUUAAAACAGUGAAUUUUUUGGAAAUUUUUUAAAAAUCGUUUACAAACAUGCUUCGAAAGAAUUCAGCACCUUUUCUCCAACCCCAUUCAACAAUUGUCUAGAACAUAAAUAUUUUCCCAGGUCAUUCCAAUGUAUGCCUCUUCUUUCCUUCUCGUCGCAAUCAGUGCAGAUAGAUAUCAAGCAAUUUGUCGACCAUUAGCCUCAAUGAAAUCAUCCGCCUACAAUCGACCAGCCUUGUAUUCCGCGUUUGCCUGGACAAUGUCGAUUUUGUGCAGUACUCCACAAUUUUGGGUUUUCGAAAAAACACACGGAGAUUGUCAUGAGAACUAUACUAAUGAGUUUCAGGUGAGCUUGAACGUUCAGAUAAAUUUUGAUCUGAAACCAGCACAAGGUUGGGAAUCCUCUGAAUCUAGAAUUUUAGUACUCACAUCAAGUGAGAAUUUUUGGGAUACUUCUAGUUGCUAAAAAGCACUCUGAGCACAAGCUCAUCUUACAGUACCCCCUGUGAGCUCUAGCUUAAUCUAACAAGUUCUAAGUGCUCUCUGCUCUCGAUCAGAAAUCAAUACAGUAUCUAGUCCACUCCUCCGAAAUAACUUAUUUUUAUAUUUCUAUUAUUUAUAAUGACAAUAAUCGCUCGCCCUUUAUCCGAACAACAAUGUUUUGCACUUCCUUUUUUUUGUGUCUGCAAAAUUUUAUUUGAGGAAGAUUUUUUUCUGGAAGCAGAGGGGAUUAUAAAAAUUGAGUAGAAAUUCUUGAAAGGGAGCUAUGACGUGGCGAUUUUUAGCACUUUGAAGAAUUGGUGUUGUUAGAAUUUUUGAGCGGAGAAAAAACAUGACAUCACUAAUUGCGAAUUUUCGGGAGCCCUAGUUUCGGAGAAAACUUCUGAAAGACUACGCUAUGACGUGGCAAUUUAUAACAUUGAUGAAUCAAAUAAAAAAUUGAAUUGCAUGUUUUCAAAAUUUCAGCCAAAAAUAGUCUUGAAAAAAUAUGAUGUCACAUUUUUUGCAAAAAAAAUUGUUUUCAAUUUUUAUUUUUUUGGAAGAAGAAGAAGCUCUAAAUUUUUCGAGAUGACAAAUUAUUAUAUUAAUUUUGAGGAUCCACGGGGGUACUGUAGACAAGGUUUAAAGGGACAUUUUGAAAACCUGAGGAUAAAUGAAUUUUAUAAGGUUCCAGGAGGUACUGUAAGGACAUUGAAUAAAUCAGAGAAAAUCUGGUGUUUCCAGAAUUCUGUGAACCCUAAAACUACAGUAUCCUCAAAUUUUUUCAGUACGCUCUUUACGUGAUCGUCUUCAACAGUGUUGUCUGGCUUCUUCCCUCAGCAAUCGCCGGAUAUUUGUAUUUUUGUGUUUGUCAAGCAGUCUGGAAAAGCACAUCAUUCACCAGCUCACUAAGAAAUAAUCAGAUGUGAGUUGAAAAACAUAAAAAACUUUGUUCAAAAAAUUCUGAAGCUCAAAUAUUUUUUCCAGCAAGGAAACCAAAGUCGGCGAUUUCAAAUUGGCUGUAAACAACGGCGGAAUGCAAGCACAUCACAAAGGAGCAACAAUGCAAUGUGUCGAAUUGGAUCGAAGACGAGUUCAAACUGUCAAAUUGACGCUGUCAAUUGUCGCCUCCAAUUUCUUGCUCUGGGCGCCUUUUUGUAUCAUCUCGGUGUUUGAUGCACUUUGGCCUGGACAUUUGAGUGAGUUUGAGAACAUUUUACUGUUUAGAUCUGGUAAAUAUUUCAGAAAUAAACAAAAAUUUAAUAAAUUGAACAUUUUUAGAAAUAAAAAAACCAUUGUUUCACGAAAAUUAUGAAAAAAUUACAAGAUCAGGUAAAAUAAUCGAAGCGUGCUAAAUGGGAAAAAAUUCACUGUUUCAAAAAAUUUAUCAAUAAAAUUGAGAUUUUCUGAAAGCGAUUCCAUAAUUUUUUUGAAAGCGAUUCCACAAUAAUUUUCUGAAAUCAGAAUUUGAUUUUCAAUUUUAAAAAAUUAUUUUCUGUUUCAAAAUAAAAAUCCUAUCCUAUCCUAAAUUUCAAAAAAAAUCAAAAUUCUGAAGUUUGACCAAAAAAAAAUGGGUUCUCAAUUAUUCUGGUCAAAUUCAAGUUUCCUAAAUCAUUUUGCAAUAUUUUGCAGACCCAACCUUCGCCACCUACAUAAUGUUUUUCGGAAACCUGAACAGUUGCAUGAAUCCAUGGUUAUGGUUCCAUUUCAAUCGAAAACAACUUCGCCGCGCUCUUCCAUGCAUCAAAUCAUCCGAGCCUUUGAUUCCAUCGUUAGUUUAUUAUCCAAACUAUCAAACCACCGAUUCCAAUUGAUGUUCACCCUGUUUUUGUGUUUUUUUCUUCAUUUUUUAGUUGCUUCUCUAUCCCCCGCUUCUCUUUUUCUUUUUCCAUCGCUUUAUCUAUUUUUCGUGUCAAAAAAUACUCGGGUUUCUUUUUUUUGCAGUCGUCGUUGCGCUGCGGAUGGCGAUGCCGCGCAUACCGAAUUCACUGGAAUGAAUUCGGAAUCAAUGUAUUAA